CCCUCCUCCACCGUAUACGUGAAUGGACACAGAAAAGAAGAGCAAGAGAGACACGAAAACAAAGAGAUGAAAGAGAAGAAGGAACUGGAGAUAAUGGAAGAAGAAAGAGACGGCGAUAAAGAAGGCGAAAGGGAUAAAAUGGAGGAUAAGUUAGAGGAUAAUAAAGAUAAAGACAAGAAUGGAAAUGUGGAGAGAGAACCACAGAAGGAGGAUAACGUAAUAAAGACCAGAAACGCGGGGCCGUCGGGAGAAGGAACGGAAAAAGAAGAAGGCGCGGGAGAAGAGGAGGAGGAGAAGGAGGAGGAGACGAAGAAGGAGAGAGGCGAGAAGAGAAGCCCGGGAACCUCAGGCGAGGAGAACGGCGAGUCCAGACCCCUCUCGACGACGGGGACUCCCUCCGCGCCUUCUGCCUCGACCCCGGGCCUCCGCCAGAGCACGAGACGUGGCCUCCGUCCGGCGCCCAACGGGUCGACGCCCUCCGUGUCUCCGGCCGCGGGAACGGAGGCCAAGGGAGCGGCGACCCCCUCGGCCUCCGCGACCGCCAAAGCCCCAAGGAGAGGCAGGCCGAAGAAGGACAAGGACGCGACGGCCGCUCCGGGAGAAGGGGCGCGGCAGGUGGCCCUCAGGAGGUCGCCGAGGAAGCUGAAGGACGUCAAGCGGCGCCUGAGAAUGUGAUGGAGGCAGGGAGGAGUGCCAGCAGUGCCAGCAGUGCCUUGUCCUGUAUUGAUACUAGUCUGCGUCUAGUUUUCUUUAUAAUUUAAGCAUUUGGAAGGUAGAUUUCUGACAUGAAGGAGGCAAAAAAAAUUAAGGUGAUCCCUAAAAUAAGGUUUUGAUGAGGAUGUUUUAUAUUUUCUAAGAGCAUAAUAACUAUAGUUACACACUGUCACUUAAUAUCGUUAGCUUCAUUAAAAAACAUAUAUUUAUGAUAAUUAAACAUUUGUGUUGGAUGUUCGCUGAUAAUCACACUUUUUAGUGGUAUAGAAGUAUUUAUUUGUAUUAAUGAGUUAUUACUUGACAUAGACUUUGUUUACAAGACAGUUGAACGUAAACCUGUGAUUUCAUUUAUUAACGUGUUUCCUAUCUAUUAAUGAUAACAGUUAUGAUAAUUAAUAUAUUGAUAAUCUAAGCUGCACACACAAACGUACAUAAACACACACACACACACACACACACACACACACACACACACACACA